AUGGCAUCUGUGGUAAGCGAUAACGAGAGUGACGACGAUAAUAAUACAAGUUUAACAAGUUCUAAUAGUUUAUUUCUUUAUAAUUUAACGCUACAAGAACCAUCUGCUUCGAUUAAAUCUGUGCAUGGGCAUUUUCUAGGUAAAAAAACAGAGGAAAUUGUUAUUACAACCUCAACUUAUUUGCGACUUUACAAACCUGAUCCUUCGACUGGAAAAUUGAUCAAAUUAUUCUCGCAGAAUGUUUUCAGUAUAAUUCGUUCGGUUAUUUCCUUUAGAAUCACUGGCAAUGCAUCCAAAGAUUAUUUGGCAAUCACUUCAGAUUCUGGAAAUUUUUCAAUAUUGCAGUUGGAUGAUUCUGGUAAAAACUUGAAGUUUGUUUCUUUAUUCAACGAGCCGUAUCAAAAGACUGGUAUCAGAAGAUUAUCCCCAGGUUUUGUAAUUGACUCAGAUUCUAAAGGAAGAGCUAUAAUGUUGUCUUCAGUUGAAAAAAAUAAUUUGUUAUAUGUGCUCAAUAGAGACCAUGAGACCAAUAAGUUGACUAUAAGUUCUCCCUUGGAGGCUAAUCGCUCCAUGAUUCUAACAUUUACAAUGUGUGGGUUGGAUGUUGGCUACGAUAAUCCAAUAUUUGUUUCAAUUGAGGUAGAUUAUGGCAAUAUCAAUAACGAAAAACGAAAACAAUUGACUUUUUAUGAAUUAGAUCUUGGCUUAAAUCAUGUUAUCAAAAAAUCAACUUCUUUAAUAGAUGAAUCAUCCAAUUUUUUAAUUCAUGUUCCUGGUGGAAACGAUGGUCCAAGUGGUGUUCUAGUUGGCUGCAAAAAUUUCAUUCAAUAUCGGAAUUUUUCAAAUAAAAACUCAAAAAUAUUAACUCUACCAAUUCCAAGAAGAAUCGUUGAUUAUGAAGACAAUUAUAUUAUCACUGGCGUUGUUCACUCAAUAAAAAAUAGUUUUUUUUUCUUACUUCAAUCAAAUUUGGGAGAUUUGUUUAAAGUAAUUAUAAACUAUUCAAAAAGUUUACAAGUUCAGUCAAUGAACAUUAAAUAUUUUGAUACAGUUCCUAUUGCAACUUCAUUAAUUAUUUUAAAAUCUGGGUUUUUGUUUGUUGAUUCAGAGAAUUCAGAUAAACUAUUUUAUCAAUUUGAAAAAUUAGGAGAUGAUGAUAAUGAAAAAGUUUUCAAUUCCCAUGACUAUUUUAAUACUAGUGAAGAGAUUGAUAAUUUAGAAGAAAUAUCUUUCAAAACAAAACCUUUAGAUAAUUUAAUUUUAGUCGAUAUAAUAAAUUCAAUAAAUCCUGUUAUUAAUUCACAACUGAUUUCUUCAACAGCUUCUAAUUUAACCGAAUUACCCAAGAUUCUUUCAUUAUGUGGAACUAACUCAAGAUCUUCAUUAAAACUACUUGAAAAUUCAUUAACGACUAGUGAAUUGGUUGAUUCGGAAUUACCACAAAAUGCUGUAUCAAUUUGGACAACAAAAUUAUCUUCAAAGGAUGAAUAUGACAAAUAUUUAAUUUUAUCAUUUAUUGAAACCACACUAGUGUUAACAAUCGGUGAAAAUGUUGAAGAAGUCUCCAAUUCAGGAUUUGUAUUGGAUUCGCCUACUAUUUCAGUUCAACAGUUGGGUUUAAAUUCAUUGAUUCAAAUUCAUACCAAUGGUAUUCGACAUUUGUCGUAUCUGAACAUGGAUGAUGAAAGUCAAGAAACUGAGCCCAAAAUUGUAGAAUGGUUUCCUCCAGCUGGCAUUAAAAUUACAUCAGCAGCAUCAACAAACUAUCAAGUGGCUAUUGGUUUAUCUAAUAGAGAUUUAGUUUAUUUUGAGAUUGAUGAUGACGAACAAUUGAUUGAAUACUCAGAGAGAAAAGAAAUGCCUGGACAAAUAAUAUCAUUAUCAUUGGGAGAUAUACCCGAGGGAAAGUUACGAUCACCAUUUUUAGCAGUUGGAUGCAAUGAUCAAACAAUAAGAAUUUUAUCAGUUGAUCCAUCUAGUACAUUGGAGUUAUUAUCGGUUCAAGCUCUAAGUAGCAAUGCUUCGUCAUUGAUUAUUAUGUCGAUGUCGGGGAAUAAUACAUUAUAUGUUCAUGUUGGAAUGGCAAAUGGUAUAUAUGUGAAGACUAUACUCGAUCCAAUAACCGGACAAUUAUCAGACACAUCAAUACGAUAUUUAGGGCCUAAAGGUAUCAAAUUAUCUAAAUUGAAAGUUGAUGGGAAGGAGUGUAUUUUAGCAAUGUCAAUAAAGACGUAUAUUGGAUUUAUGGUGAAAAAUAAUUUCAAGAUAAUUCCAAUUAAUUAUAAAUUCAAUUUGGACCAUGGGUCUAGUUUUGUUAGUGAAGAGUGUCCAAGUAAUGGAAUAGUUGGGAUAUUUGAGAAUAAUCUUAUGAUUUUUACUAUUGAGAGAUUAAGCGAUGAAUUUAAUAUUGAAAGCAUUCCAUUAAUGUAUACGCCGACUAGGUUUACAAAUUUCAAAAAAGAGCCAAAUGUUUUUUAUAUUAUUGAAAGUGAUAAAAAUGUUAGAGGCUUUGAAAGGAAAUUAAUCGGGGAAAAAGAAAACAAAGGCAAACCGGAUAAAGAGAAUGAGUAUGAACAAUUUGGAUAUGAUAGAGAGAAUGAUAAUAAUGUGUCUUGUUUACAAGCUAUAAAUAUAAAUUCAAAAGAGUUAGUACAGCAUUUUGAAUUUUUAAAUAACGAAACUUGUUUAAGUUUAAGUACGUGUUAUUUCAAGGAGAAAGAUAUGAGUUGUUUGAUAGUGGGAACAAAAAGUAUUUCAAAAAGUGGGACAAGCAAGUACUAUUUAAAGACAUUCCAAGAAAUUGGAAAUAACAAAAUAAAGUAUUUACAUGAUACGAAAAUUGACGGGGAAGCAGUGGCAUUAAUUGAGUUUGAUGGGAGAUUGUUAGUUGGAGUCGAUAAUUUUUUGAGGAUAUAUGAGAUUGGGAAAAAGCAGUUGUUGAAAAAGGGAGAAUGUCAAUUAAAUUGCAAUAGGAUUAUCAAGAUAUUAACACAAGGGUACAGGAUUUAUGUUGGGGAUAUUCGAGAUUCGAUAAUAUUUGUUAGCUAUAAGAAGAAGAAUAAUUUGUUUAUUCCGUUUGCAGAGGAUAUAGUAAAGAGGCAUACAAGCAGUUUUAGCAUAAUAGAUUAUGAUACAGUUAUUGGAGGCGAUAGAUUUGGGAAUUUUUGGGUAUUGAGAUGUCCCAGGAAAAUUUCGAAGAUGUCAGAUGAGGAUUUAGAUGGCAAUUAUUUGAUGUAUCAGGACAGUUAUCUUGGAGGGACACCAUAUCGGUUGGAGUUGGUGUGUCAUUUUUUCAUUGAGGAUAUACCUAUUUCAUUUGACAAAAAGUCGUUGAAUAUCAGUGGGUUAAAUGAGUCUAUAAUUUAUACUGGGUUAGAAGGUACAGUUGGAGUUUUGAUACCCAUAUUGGUUAAGAGCGAGUUGAUAUUUUUUGAGAAAUUGAUUAAAUUGAUUAAAAAAAUGAAAGAGGUAUCAGUUUUGGGUAGAAAUCAUUUAAAGUAUCGAAGUUAUUAUGUUCCAAUGCGAAACGUUGUUGAUGGGGAUUUAUGUGAGACUUAUUUGAAUUUAACAGAAGACGAAAAGAGAAAAAUAGGGAUUGAGAUGGAUUACACAGUUCGAGAAAUUGAAGGGAAAAUUGCAUCAAUUCGAUCAAAAUUUGGAUUUUGA